CCGCCCGCGUCCCCCCGCCCCCCUCCCCCCUUCCCGACUCCGAGUUCGCUAUCCAGUCCUCCCCCUCCGACAUGCCAGUGGCAGCACGGUCGCCUCUCGUAUCCGCCGUCCGGUCGAGGUCGGCGAGGGAGCACGAGAAGAGGAAGGAGGAGCGGGGAGUUAUGGGGCACGUGCUCCGGGUGGUCCGGCGCGACCGGGAGUUCCUGACCCGGCGCUUCCGGUCCGUCUCCAAGGCUCUGGGCGAUAUCUUCUGGCUCCGGAACCUGGAAGAUCCCCGGGCUCUUCAUGCCUCUCGCCCUCCUGCCCAUUGGCCCAAGAUUUCUCACCCGCCAGGACUAUGGGGAGUGGACUUGAUGAUGGCUGAUCUAGAAGCCUUAAAGGUGUAUGCUGGUUACAUACAACUUGCUUCCAGAAUUUGGUCUGUGCCUCUACCUGAUCUAUAUGAUCCGCAGAAGGUAUCAGACUACUUCAACUGCCGGCCUCAUGUCCUAGCAUUCCGAAUUAUUGAGGUAGUCUCUUCAUUUGCCCUUGUUGCCUUAAAAAUGCAAAUGUCAAGAAGUUUCAGCUUGAGUAGGCAUGGUGUGAGCAGGGAUGACAGCUUAUACACUUCACAAUACUAUAUUGGGCUGCUUCUGAAAGAAUCAUUUCUGAAUCUUGGACCAACUUUUGUCAAAGUUGGGCAGUCCCUAUCUACAAGACCAGACAUAAUCGGUUCAGAAAUUUCUAAGGCACUUUCUGAAUUGCAUGACAAAAUUCCUCCUUUUCCAAGGGCAGUUGCAGUGAAGAUUAUCGAGGAAGAACUAGGAUGCCCUGUAGAUAGCAUGUUUAGCUAUAUUUCUGAUGAGCCUGUAGCUGCUGCGUCAUUUGGCCAGGUCUACCGAGGCUGUACACUUGAUGGCAGUAUUGUGGCUGUAAAAGUCCAGCGACCAGACUUGCUUCAUGUGAUUAUGCGAGAUAUCUACAUUUUACGUCUUGGGCUAGCAUUUUUGAGGAAGGUAGCAAAAAGACAGAGUGAUCUUAGUCUCUAUGCUGAUGAGCUUGGCAAAGGUUUAGUUGGCGAGUUGGAUUACACAAAAGAAGCUGCAAAUGCCUCUGAGUUUUUGGAAGCUCAUUCCCAAUAUUCAUUUAUAUCGGUUCCAAAAGUUCUUAGAAAAUUAACCAGAAAGAGAGUUUUAACUAUGGAGUGGAUGAUAGGUGAAAAUCCAAAUAACUUACUUAUGCUAUCCAGGGGAUCUGGUCAAGGAGGUAAUCAUUACUCAGAGAGGAUAAAAUUGGAGGCCAAAACAUGCAUUCUUGAUCUGGUUAAUAAAGGAGUGGAAGCUACACUAGUUCAACUUUUUGAUACAGGCCUAUUACAUGCUGAUCCUCAUCCCGGGAACUUGCGUUAUACACCUGAAGGAUGUAUUGGGUUUCUUGAUUUUGGUUUGCUUUGUCGGAUGGAGAAGAAACAUCAGCUUGCUAUGCUUGCUUUCAUAGUGCACAUAGUAAAUGGAGACUGGGGUGCGCUUGUUUAUGAUUUGACUGAGAUGGAUAUUGUUAGGCCCGGAACCAAUCUACAUCGUGUGAAAAUGGAUUUGGAAGAGGCCUUGGAUGAGGUAGUCUUCAAUGAUGGAAUACCUGACAUCAAGUUUAGUAGGGUUCUAGGUAAAAUUUGGUCCAUAGCACUUAAGUAUCAAUUCCGUAUGCCACCAUAUUAUACAUUGAUCUUGCGCUCUCUAGCUUCCCUGGAAGGAUUGGCACUGGCUGCAGAUCAAAACUUUAAGACAUUUCAAUCUGCAUACCCUUAUGUUGUCCAGAAACUUCUUUAUGAUAAUUCAGCUUCUACGAGGAGAAUCUUAUACUCGGUUGUCUUCAACAAAAGGAGGGAAUUCCAGUGGAAAUUUUUUUUGCUGUUUCUGAGAAUAGGUUCAAUGAGAAAUGGUACAAAUGUGCAUAACAUGUUACUCACCUGCAAAUCCUCUGCAUACAGUCAAAAUGUUCGAGAGGGGGUCUUUGAAGUUGCAAAUCUAAUCUUGCAGCUCUUACCAUCAAAGGAUGGUAUCGUCCUAAGAAGACUUCUGAUGACUGCGGAUGCAACAUCCUUAACUGGAGCAAUGAUUUCUAAAGAUGCAACCUUCAUCCGUCAACAUCUUAGCUGGGCUAUUGCUGAUAUAAUCUGCCACUGGAUGAUUAAGGCUGUUGGAUGGAAUGAAGCACUAGGCCAGCAUAAUCAUCAAGUGAUUGUGGUGAAAGGACAGCAAGAGAGGCAAAUGGACCUACCACCUGCACCUUCUACACAUGUCUUGCAGAAAGUCCUAAGUGACCGCCGGAUGAAAGUAAUAUUUUACAAGGUGCUGCACGAUGUAAGAGGAGAUCCCAUAUUGAUGCUCAGGUUGUCUUGGAGUUCCUUCACAAUCUUUGUGACAGCUGCAGCACUUGCACUGCAUCGUUUUCUUGUCUACUGCUUAGGGGCACUCUUUACCUCUGUAUCAUUUGUACCGAGGCAUGUUGCUGUCAUGUAGUAAGCUAUUGGAAAAAUAGAGGAAAACCGACUCUUAGUGGUUACAAAAAUGAAAGAUUUCUUUAUGUGCACCUUAA